AUGACUGCCCAGCAAAGUAACCAGAACUUCAAAUUGGAGAAUCUGUUCAAUGUGAAAGGAAAAGUUGCCCUAAUCACAGGCGGAGGCUCAGGGAUUGGCCUCAUGGCCACACAAGCACUAUCCGUCAACGGAGCCAAAGUCUACAUUGUCGGCCGAACCGAAGAAAAGCUCGCCCGCGUUGCAGAACUCUACAACAAAGGAAUAAGCGGCGAGAUCAUCCCCCUCACCGCAGACAUCACCAAAAAGGACGAGAUCCGAGCCCUAGCCGAUGAAAUCUCCAACCGCGAAGGACACCUCUCAAUCCUCAUGAACAACGCCGGAAUCUCCAGCAAGACCCAAGAAACAGAGCAUGCCGAUGCGGGAAAAUUGCGCGAGUCUCUCUUCGACGAUCCAGCCGCUACAUUCGAAGAAUGGGAUGAUGUCUUCCGCACAAAUGUCUCUCAGCUCUUCUUUGUGACGACGGCAUUCUUGCCUCUUCUUCAGCGUGGCUCGGAGAAAGAGCACGGCUGGUCCAGCACUGUUAUCAACACGACUUCUAUUUCAGGCAUUGUGAAAGUCUCACAGCAUCAUUUUGCUUAUAAUGCGUCUAAGGCCGCGGCUGUUCAUUUGACGAAGAUGCUUGCUCAUGAGGUUAGCUCGUCGAAUCUUCGAGUCAGGGUUAAUAACAUUGCGCCCGGGGUUUAUCCGAGUGAGAUGACGGCCGGGGAGAGUGAUGAGAUGCAAAAGAAUUCCAUCCCGACCGAGAAGUAUGAGAAGAAGGUUCCUGCUGCUCGACCGGGUAGAGAUGAGGAUAUGGCUAGCACGGUGUUGUUUACUGCUGCCAAUCAGUAUCUGAAUGGGCAAACAGUUGUGGUUGAUGGUGGCUAUGUACUUGCUGCCGGAUCGGUAAAUUAG